UAUCUAAGCUGCUGCACAUGACUCGCUUCUUCCCUCCAUUUUCCCCUCGAUGAUUCUUCACUUCUUUCUCGUCCCACCAUCGUCCUUUCUUCCCUCUCUCUAUUUCAAUAAACUCCCAAAUUUCAAUUUCACUACCACUAUUGCACCGCUGCUCUCGGCAGCAACAACUCUGUGCUGCAUCAUUUCAGUACCGCCGUUUCUCUCUUUGAUCAUCGUCGUCUUGGAGGGCUACUCGUUGGAUUUUCCUUUCAUCUUGGCAGAAAACUCGUCGACGACGUGUUUCUUUUAACAAUAUAAAAAAGUACACCAAAAUAAUCUCUUUAUCGCAUAUUUUGAGUAGAGAAGAUCAGAAAGUGAUGCAGAAGGAGCCUUCACAUUAUUCAUUUUCAGGUAAUUCUAACACUCCACCUGUAUCUAAGCCCAAAGAAAUGGAAAACAUAUGGGGUAAUUUCCAAAAAUCUGAUGAUUUCCAUUCUUCAAGUGUUACUACACUAUUCUCAAGCUCAUUGCCAGUUCUUUCGCAUGUGAAUCUGAACAUGGUUGACAAAAGAGUUGCUAUUCAAUCUGUUGAUGACAUCUCGUCUCACUUUAAGAAUCUCAAACCGGGUCUGGAAGGGGAUGAUAUGCUUGAAGACAUCGAAACUCAUGCAAUUGGCCAUUUACUUCCUGACGAUGAGGAGGAGCUUCUAGCUGGCAUAAUGGAUGAUUUAGAUCUGAAUGGCCUUCCUAGCUCUCUUGAAGACUUGGAAGAAUGUGAUAUUUUCAGUAGUGGUGGUGGCUUGGAAUUGGAAACAGAUGCUCAACAAAAGGCUAGCAUUGGUUCUUCAAGGGCAGGCUUAAGUGAUGGUAUAGUUGGAAGUGUGGUGCCUCCUCAUACCUAUUCAAAUGGCAUUGGAACGGUUGCUGGAGAACAUCCUUAUGGAGAGCAUCCUUCAAGAACAUUGUUUGUGCGGAACAUUAAUAGUAGCGUCGAAGAUUCAGAACUGAGAGCUCUCUUUGAGCAAUAUGGCGAUAUUAGGACUUUGUAUACUGCUUGUAAACACAGGGGCUUUGUAAUGAUAUCUUAUUAUGACAUUCGUGCUGCUCGAACUGCUAUGCGUGCAUUGCAAAACAAACCACUACGGCGGAGAAAACUUGACAUUCACUUCUCAAUUCCCAAGAAUAAUCCAUCUGAGAAAGAUAUAAAUCAAGGAACCUUGGUAGCCUUUAAUUUGGAUCCCUCAAUUUCCAAUGAAGAUCUUCUACAAAUUUUUGGGGUCUAUGGUGAGGUCAAAGAGAUAAGGGAAACUCCGCACAAGAGACACCAUAAGUUCAUUGAAUAUUAUGAUGUUAGAGCUGCUGAAGCAGCACUGAAGGCAUUGAAUAGAAUUGACAUUGUUGGUAAACGCAUAAAGCUAGAACCAAGUCGCCCUGGUGGAGCCCGUCGAAACUCGACGUUGCAACUCAAUCAAGAACUUGAACAAGAUGAUUUCUGGAGUUUUCGCCAUCAAGUUGGUUCGCCGGUGAUCAAUUCUCCCCCAGCAUCUGUGGCAGGGAAAUGGUUGUCCGUCAACGACUCGAUUAAACCUAGUUCAAUGGGAAGUAUUAGUAAAUUUCCUGGUUUUUCAUCCAUGAGCCCAACUGGUGGCAACCGUUUGCCUGGAUUGGCUUCAGUUCUUCCUAAUGUAACAAGAAGUACUGUGAAGGCGUCUCCCAUUGGUAAGGACCAAGGAAGGGGUAACAUCAUGGACCAUCCAUUUACCUAUAUAAAUCCAUUGCAUGUAGCUGCCUUUCCACCAUCCCAGUCACUUCCCGAGCCAAAACCAAGCCGCUAUUAUGAGAUUAUGUCCUCAUUCGGACCUCCCACAUCGGGUGGAUCUACUCGGAGUCCCCAAACUUUUUGGGGGAAUCAGAAUUCAUACUCGGAGUCCUCUGGUUCUUCUGCUUGGUCAAGAUCCUAUGCAAACCAUCAUUUCUUAUCCAAUGGAAAUGGUCAAACAUUUCCAUUUCCUGGCCGGCAAACUUCUAUCUUCAGUUCUACUCCGAGCACUCACUCACAUCAUGUUGGAUCUGCUCCAUCUGGUGUCCCAUCAGAGAGGCAGUUCGGGUAUUUUUCCGAGUCACCAAAUUCUUCAUUGAUGGGUCCUGUUGCAUUCAGAGGUUUAGGUUCUAGUUCAAAUGCUUCUGUAAAAGCCGCCAUCACCAAACCAAGAAACAUGUCUGAAAAUUGCCCUUCGAGUUUUCAAAUGAUGUCUUCAUCUGUGCUGAACCCGAUGUUCUCAGGUAGUGUUCCAUACCUGGGACUGCUGCCGAACAGCGUGGAUGGUUUGAAUGAGUUUGGCAGAAGUGGAUGGAUUGAGAAUUAUGGAAAUCAGAUUGACAGUAGGAAGCAGUUUCAGCUCGACUUGGAUAAAAUUCAGGGCGGAGAAGACACUCGAACCACCUUAAUGAUAAAAAACAUUCCGAAUAAGUACACGUCAAAAAUGUUAUUAGCUGCCAUUGAUGAAAAUCAUAGGAGCACUUAUGAUUUUCUCUAUUUGCCAAUUGAUUUUAAGAAUAAAUGCAACGUUGGCUAUGCUUUCAUCAAUAUGCUAUCUCCUCAACACAUAGUAUCCUUUUACGAGGCGUUCGAUGGAAAGCGAUGGGAGAAGUUCAAUAGCGAGAAAGUUGCGUCCUUGGCUUACGCUCGAAUCCAAGGAAAGGUGGCUCUCGUGAGUCAUUUUCAAAACUCGAGCUUAAUGAAUGAAGAUAAGCGCUGCCGGCCCAUUCUUUUUCACUCAGAUGGUCCAAAGGUUGGAAAUCAGGUCCUCCAAGAACAUCUGCCAUCUGCCAAUUUGGGAUCCAAUAUAUGGGGGGUGAAUGGGUCACUUUCCACUGAUUUUGCAGGAAGUCCCCCAAAUGACAACAUUGGCGAGAGGCCCGACAAAUGCUAAAACCGACGUUGUCCUCGGCCUAGAUCUUUAGCUUCUGAAUUGAUACUCUUGAGAAAAUAUUCAAGUACAUGUGGAUUGGGAAGAAGAAACAUAUGCAAAUUUUGUAUGUAAGCUGCUUUCUGCAGUGUUUUGGUCAGAAGACUUGGAUGAAGAUGGAGCAGUCGGUGUCACGCCGUUUGCUGUACUUAUCAAUGGAACCCCGAACAAUCUUUGGUUUCGGCUGCUCAUUGUCGUUCGUGUACUGAAUUGGUUUACAAUUUUUCCUGCAUUUUUGGAGCUUCUUUUUGCCUUCCCCCUUAACGUUGGGUUGAGAAAUGGCAAAUGUGAUGUACAUACCACAGGUGAUUGUGUUUAUUGGUUGAGAAGCUUUGAGAGGAACCACACAAUUGUAUAUCAAUUGCUUGUGUUUAUAACACUUAUCAAUGCAUCUGCUUUAUUUAUGGAGGCAGGAAAGGCUUUGGAUGUCAAGGUCCUUUUGUGUUCUAAA